GCUAUUGCUUCUUUAUUUUAUUCCCCUUUCAACCACUCUGAGCCUCUCAUGAGCUAACACUCAGACCUACCAUUCUUGCCUGUCUUAAUUUCAUCAAUAAUUACAUAUAGGUACAAGAAAAUGAGCAUUGCGACUAGUGUGGAGACCAGCAGAACCAAUUCAAGCCAAAAUCCUGACAGUUGUCUCAUACAUAAAAAGGUUGUUCACAAGUACAGACUUAAAUCUUUACCUAUAUUUCAUACCUAAUCCAUGGUGGGAUUAAGUUUACAUCCCCAACUACCAAACUCCACAGCUUAUGAAAACCCAGAUCUUCCUUCACCCAUUUUGUCUAUUCAUUUUGGUUGGUUUCAAGUCUUUAGCUAACAAUGUCAAGCUCUGAUGGUAAUCUUCAUGUUGCUUUGCUCCCAAGCUCAGGCAUGGGUCAUCUGCUACCUUACCUUAGACUUGCUGCCUCACUCAUCCACCACCAAUGUUCACUCACUUUAAUCACCACUCACCCUAUUGUUUCUUCAGCUGAAUCUCAGCUCAUCUCCACUUUCCUCUCCGCUUUCCCACAAAUCACUCAAAAGAAGUUCACACCCAUCCCUCUAGAUCCCGUGGCUGCUAACAUCACUGACCCUUUUCAACUCCAAUGGGAAACCAUUCGCCAAUCAGCUCACCUGCUUUCCCCUCUCAUUUCUUCAUCAUCUCCACCAAUCUCGUUCAUCAUCACUGAUGUGACAUUGAUGUCAUCUGUGAUUUCAGUCACUGCAAAGCUAUGUCUCCCUAACUACAUCCUCUUCACUUCAUCAGCUAGAAUGUUGUCCCUUUUCUCCUGUUUCCCUUCCAUUCCUUCAUCGAUUCCCAAGGAGUCCCUUCCUCCAAUACUUUUGGACUCAAACAGCUCCUUCACAAAGAAUUUCUCAGACAACAGUGGAAGCCUCAAGCAUUUCAAUGGAGUUUUGAUCAAUUCUUUUGAAGAACUUGAAAAAGAAUCACUGGAGAUGCUUGCUAGUGGAAAUUUAACAAAAGGGUUGCCUCCAGUUUUCCCUCUCGGCCCUUUCCAGCCCUUGGAAUUGGAAAGGAUAUCUUUAUUGGCACCAUUGAAGUGGCUGGAGAAUCAAGAGGAAAGUUCAGUGGUUUAUGUCAGCUUUGGGAGUAGGACAGCAAUGUCAAAAGAGCAAAUAAGAGAGCUAGGCAAUGGCUUAGUACUGAGUGGAUGUAAAUUUUUGUGGGUGGUGAAGAGUAAAGUGGUUGACAAAGAAGAAGAAGAAGGUUUAGAUGAGAUCCUUGGACACCAGUUGAUGAAAAAGAUUGAGAACAAUGGAUUGGUUGUAAAAGAAUGGGUGGACCAAUGGCAGAUACUGAGUCAAAAAGCUGUUGGUGGGUUCAUAAGCCAUUGUGGAUGGAACUCGGUGGUGGAGGCAGCUUGCCAUGGGAUACCAGUGGCCACAACAAGGGGACCAAAUGAUCAAUGCUGAGGUGAUAGAGGCAGGUGGAUGGGGGCUUUGUAUGAAGAGCUGGGGGUGGGGAUCGAACCAUUUGGUGAAGGGUGUGGAGAUUGGGGACAAAAUCAAGGAGCUGAUGGGGAACCAAAGGAUGAAAAUGGAAUAUGCAAGGAUCAGUGAAGUGGCAAAGCAAAGGUCAAAGGCUGGUGAGGGUUGUGAGAAUAUGCUGAAGACACUGUUCCAGAGCUUGACGAAGAGCUGAAGAAGGGAAUUUUGUACAAGGACUGGUUAAUUAAUUGAUUAUCUGUUGAAUUUUUCUGUUUUAAGAUGAAUAAGUAAAAUGCUUCUUCAUUCCUAUUGAAAUUUAUGUUUGUUCUGCAAGUGUGGAAAUUUCCAGGAAUAAGCAAGAACUUGAAGACAAAGUUACCGUGUGGUGGGAGCAGAGUGGAUUAAUAAAGGUCUAAUUUUAUAGAGUUUAAUUUGUAAAUGAUUAUCUUUUAAUCUUUUAAAUAACUGUAAGCUUUUUUAAGAUUUUUUAAAAAAUCAAAUAGGAGGUUGAAUUGCUUUUCUAUUA